AUGUCCUUCCUGAAAGCGAUUACAUCCAAAAGUGCUUCAUUUUUGCUUAGAAAUUAUUCUACAUCUUGUCGCUUUCUACCACAGAAAGUCAACACCUAUGUGCAUGCUUAUACUAGAUCAAUUCCAAGGUAUGCUAGUACAAAUCCUGAUCGGAGAGGUUCAUCACGCAUUUGGGCUCUUGUAGCUGGGCUGGUACUUGCAGGUGGUGCUGCAUUAGCUUAUCAGAAGAUGAAAAUUGAAAAUAAUAAAAAAUUGCUAAUGUCAAAACCAUUAAAAGAGAAAAUUUUAGAUGCUCAGAAAGAGAUUAAGGAAGGAAACUAUCUGAAAAGUUAUAAGCUCUACCAUGCUGCACUAGAAAUAUCAUCUUGUCCGCAAAGUAAAGAGGCUGAUAGGAAUAAACAAGCUUUUAUAACUGAUCAAGAUGAUAAUGCUAUGAUUGAAAUAUCAUUGAAACUCUCCAAUAUAUAUGAAAGCAAAGGAAUGAGUAAAGCAGCUGAGAUUGGAUAUAAAUGGUGUAUUAGUACAGCUGAAAAGAAUUGUAAAGGUGUAGAAUAUUCUCCUGACAGUAAUGCUCUCUUAGGUAUGGCGCAAGAAUCUUUGGGAAUGUUUUAUUAUCAGCAUAGAAAUUUGGCAAAAGCUAAAGAGUACUUAGAAUUAGCAUUAACUACAGCGAAAAGAACAGUCGGAGUAGAUAGUCCUCAGGUGGCAAUUAUUCGCAAUCACUUAUGUUUAGUAUAUUUAGAAAGUGGGGAAUACGAUACCGCUGAAGGUUACAUUGAGCUAGCAAUUAAAAAUGCUAAAUCUCAAGGUGACGAUCGUCAAGUAGCUGUUUACCUUGUAAAUUAUGGAUUUCUUCAUUUUAGGAAAGGUGAUGUUACGGAAGCUGCAAAGUGUUUAGGGCAAAUUAAAGAGUUAAAGGAACUUGCCCCAGACGAAGAACUGAGUAAAAAUAUGAAAAGCCUUGAAAUGGCUAUCAAUGGUGAACUAAAUGAGGAACAGCUGCGCAACUGA